UUUUGAAAUAAAAUUUAGAACUAAAUUUUCUCGCCCUCUAUAUAUAUUGAAUGCACCCUCAUUAACACACCUAACAUUUCUUCCCUCCACGAAAGUUUAGCCCAAAUAACAUAUUUUCAUCUCACCCAAAAUAAAUUUGUUUAGUUAGAAGAAAGGUGCACCAUGACCAACCACGGCACCCAAGGAGUCAUAACUUGCAAAGCUGCGGUGUUGAGAAAAUCUGGGGAGCCAUUGGAAGUUGAGGAGAUUCAAGUAGACCCGCCCAAAUCGUCUGAGGUUAGGAUCAAGAUGCUCGUGAUCGAGAGCGUUGGAGAAGGCGUGACGAAGCUGACGGCAGGGGACACCGUGAUGCCACUCUACCUCGGCGAGUGCGGGGAAUGCCUCAACUGCAAGUCGGGAAAAACAAACUUAUGCCACAAAUACCCUCUCGGUUUUAGCGGCCUCAUGUCAGACGGCACGUCGAGAAUGUCUGUAAAAGGAGAGAAAAUAUACCACCACUUUAGCUGCUCGACUUGGUCAGAGUACAUCGUGAUAGAAGCUGACUAUGCGGUCAAAGUUGACCCGAGAGUCUCUCUCCCACACGCCAGCUUUCUGUGCUGUGGCUUCACAACCGGGUUUGGGUCGACUUGGAGAGAGAUCACAAUACACAAGGGCUCCACUGUGGCUGUCAUUGGGCUUGGUGCUGUUGGGCUUGGGGCUGUCAAAGGAGCCCAAAUGCAAGGGGCCUCCAAAAUAAUCGGGAUAGACAUAAACGAAAUGAAGCGUGACAAGGCCAAAAAAUUUGGAAUUACAGAGUUUAUAAAUCCAAAGAGCUCUGAUAAAUCCGUGUCCGAUUUGAUCAAAGAGGCGACGGGAGGGCUUGGAGUCGACUUCUGCUUCGAGUGCACGGGCGUGCCAAAUUUGCUUAAUGAAGCCAUUGAGGGUUCAAAAGUGGGACUUGGGACAGUUGUAUUUAUUGGUGCAGGGCUUAAUAAGAGUGGGGAGCUCAACUAUAUUCCUCUCUUGUGUGGUAGAACUGUCAAGGGUUCUAUCUAUGGUGGUGUCAGGACUCAAACAGAUCUCCCUCUAAUUGUUGAGAAAUGUGUCAACAAGGAAAUUGAUCUUGAUGAGCUGAUUACACAUGAGGUUUCACUUGCUGAGAUCAACAAAGGGUUUGAUUAUAUGAAAGAGCCCAACAGUGUGAAGGUUGUCAUCAAGUUUUAAGGGUUAUGUGGUUCAGCAUAUAUCCCUCGUGCUAUUUCCUUUUUCAUCUCCUCAAUUCUUUUACUUGUUUUUUUUUUUUUUUUUU